CGCAGCUGCGUCCGGCUGAGCGGCGGGAGGAAGUCGGUUUGUUUUUGACGUAAAGCGAUGAUUUUUACAUGAAAUGAACAAAGUCAGACUUGAGGAAGGAGACCACCCUGACCCCCAGGACCCCCACAGAGAGAAGGAUGAGGAUCAGAGACCUGGACAGCAUGAGGACCGGAGGAUCAUCUGUAAUCUGAAGGAUUAAAACCAACAGGACUUGUUAGUGGACCACCUGGACCUGGACUCAGGAUGGACCCGGUGAGACGGGACAUGGAACUGCUCAGUAACAGCAUGGCCACCUACGCUCACCUGAAAGCCAAUCAGGAGGGUCUGGCUCUGUACUUCAUGAUGGGGGUCUGCUUCGGCCUCCUCACGGCGCUCUGCCUCCUGCUGCUCAGCAUGGCCUGCAGGAGCCGCCGCCUCCACAGAGCUGCUCCUCCUCCUGAGAGGAGGCAGCUGAAGGAGUCCAGCGACGAGGAGGAGGAGGAUUCUGAGGAAGACGAGGUGGACCCGRUGGACCCUAAAGGGACCCGGAGGCCCCGGAGCGAGCGCAGCAGCCAGUCUAACGGCACCCUGAGGAGCGUGGACGUGUUCUCCUCCGUGGAGGAGGUGCAGAAGGCCCGCCGUCUGGAGGAGAGGGAACGCAUCGUCCGCGAGAUCUGGAGGAACGGCCAGCCUGAUGUUCUGGUGACCGGGACCGGGACCCUCGGACGGGUCCAUUACUAACUGGACCUGAAAACAACCUGAGUCCUGAAGACCAGGAGCCCCAGGGACUGCUGGUCUCUGAGGACCAGAACGGUCUGAUGUUUGAAUUUUAUAUCUUCAUUAAAAUCUACUGAAGACCUGAACCACUGAAGAACCAGAACCUGAUCCCAGAGGUUAGUCUGGUCCACCAGAUGCACUGAUGUCCAACAAGACCCAAAUACUGGUCUGAAGACAAGACCAGGUCUUAUCUGGAUUUUACAAUCUGAGAAGCACCAGAUUAGACCUGAAGAUUCAGAUUAUCUGGAUUUUAUUAUAAAUUAAGAUUUUUAAUCCAAUAAAUGAAAAAUAAAAACUUCA